GUCCACCGAAAAGAAUAAAAAUAAACGAGGAAUCGAUUCCGAAAGAAAAGGAUGUGCCUAAUAUCAUUCCUGAAUCCUAUAGUUCGCAGAAUUCAAAUAGUAAAGAAUCCUCAUCAUUAUCAAAAGUAAAUGACAGUAAAGAAUCCUCAUCAUCAUCAAAAGUAAAUGACAGUAAAGAAUCCUCAUCAUCAUCAAAAGUAAAUGACA